AUGAAACCGCAGCGUGAACACCGAUCGAUCAGCUGGGGCCGCCUGUUGCGCCAGGACAACUGGGUUCUCACUGAAUUUACGCCAUACGGAAUGAAGCAAUUGCGUUUCCCUCCAGGUUACGUCCGAGCAUCCUGGGUCCAGCUCAACGACGAGCCGCCGUUCGUGGGCGUACUUCUUUGGAACAGCCACCAGUACAGCCAGAAGUACGAAGGCAAGGGUAAUGAUAACCAGAAGGAAAACCAAGUGCCAGCCCGAGACGACGACACGCCAGAGCGGAAGGACGACUACACGCAAGAUCAGGACAAUAACCACACGCAAAGUCAGAACAACAACAACAUGGAAGCUCGGAAUGACAACCACACGCCAGCUCAGAACGACAACAACACGCCAGCUCAACAUGACAAGGUUGUGCGAGAGUUGGAGGCAUUCAUGUGCCUGAGGACCUCACACAAGAUUGUCCAGGAGAGCUUGGAAUUCUGGGAGAAGCGGGACAGUGCCGAAUAUAUGGGACUUGCACAGUUGGAGAUGGACAUGUUCGAUGUCCUGGCAAGCUCAAGCUGUAGGCUCCGCUUGACGAAAGUGCGGAGUGUGAGCGGAAGUGCCGCGUCCGAAUUGGAAGGUUGUUGA